AAAAUUACACUUUCCUUCGGUCGUAAGUUCUCUCCUCUCUUUUCCCCAAAAACCCGAGUAAUCAGCCAAAAAAAGCAAAACUGAAAUCUGAAAAUCAAAUUCAAAAAUUUAAAGUUCAAAAAAUCACUCGUCACUGAUUUUUUUUUGUUCGAGAUACAGUAGGUUAUUACAAUGGAGAUAUCCACGGGCCCGAUCGGGUCCUGUUCGAAAGAGAAUCAAACAAUCUAUCUCGAAUGGUUUAACUUCGCUGAUUCAGACGGCGAUGGUAGAAUUACCGGCGACGAUGCUUUGAAAUUCUUUAGCAUAUCGAAUUUAUCUCGUCAAGUUCUUAAGCAGGUUUGGGCAAUUGCGGAUUCUAAAAGACAGGGUUAUCUUGGUUUCAACGAGUUUAUUACUUCCAUGCAGUUAGUUUCUUUAGCUCAAGCUGGACAUGAAAUUUCACAUGAUCUUUUAACUAGUACUCAAGUUGAUUUUGAAAAUUUAAGACCUCCUACUAUGGAUGGCCUUGUUGAGUUGAUUGAACAGAAGAAAAAGCGCCAAUCGAAAUCAAGAGACUCUGAUGUUAAUGGUACUCUACCUGUGGAAACUUCACCUUCAGCAAAUUGGUUUUCUCAGAUGUCCACUUCAAAAUCAAAUAAGAAGGUACCUCUAUCCUCUGUUACAUCUAUCAUUGAUGGCUUGAAGAGACUGUAUAUUCAGAAGCUGAAACCCUUAGAAGUUACUUAUCGCUUUAAUGAUUUUGUGUCUCCACUGCUGACAAACAGCGAUUUCGAUGCCAAACCUAUGGUUAUGCUCUUGGGUCAAUAUUCUACUGGAAAAACAACAUUUAUUAAACAUUUGCUUAAAAGUAGUUAUCCUGGAGCCCAUAUUGGACCUGAGCCAACUACUGACAGAUUUGUUGUCGUUAUGUCUGGUCCUGAUGAACGGAGUAUACCGGGCAAUACAGUGGCAGUCCAAGCAGAUAUGCCAUUUAAUGGACUCACAACUUUUGGAACUUCGUUUUUAUCGAAAUUUGAAUGUUCUCAAAUGCCUCAUCCUUUGCUAGAGCAUAUUACUUUUGUGGACACUCCUGGAGUUUUAUCAGGAGAAAAACAACGAACUCAACGGUCUUAUGAUUUUACUGGUGUAACAUCAUGGUUUGCUUCAAAAUGUGAUCUCAUUCUACUUCUCUUUGAUCCUCACAAACUUGACAUCAGUGAUGAAUUCAAGCGUGUCAUUUCAUCAUUACGCGGGCAUGAUGAUAAAAUUCGUGUGGUUCUUAACAAGGCAGACCAAGUUGAUACUCAACAACUGAUGAGGGUUUAUGGAGCAUUAAUGUGGUCACUGGGGAAAGUUCUGAAUACUCCUGAAGUUGCACGUGUUUAUAUUGGCUCAUUUAAUGACAAACCAAUAAAUGAACAUGUCAUUGGCCCAAUUGGAAAAGAACUUUUUGAGAGAGAGCAAGAGGACCUGCUAUCUGAUCUAAAAGACAUACCAAAGAAGGCCUGUGAUCGUCGGAUCAAUGAAUUUGUGAAACGAGCAAGAGCUGCCAAAAUACAUGCUUACAUUAUCAGCCAUCUUAAAAAAGCGAUGCCAGCAAUGAUGGGUAAAGCAAAGGUCCAACAGCGACUUAUUGAUAAUUUGGGAGACGAGUUUGCAAAGGUUCAAAGGGAGUUCCAUUUGCCGGCAGGUGAUUUUCCAAAUGUUGAUCAAUUCCGAGAGGUUUUAAGUGGUUACAACAUUGAUAAGUUCGAGAAAUUGAAGCCGAAAAUGAUACAAGGUGUUGAUGAUAUGCUUGGUUAUGAUAUUCCAGAUGUACUAAAGAAGUUCAGAAAUCCCUAUGACUAAAACACGGACUGAUUUUGCAGUUUAUAGAGGUAUGAUUUAGAUCAAUUACAUAAUUGUAGGUGUAUUGUGAAGCCGAAAACCAAAUUAUCUUUGUCAUGAUGUAACUGUAUAUCGAUUCUUGAGUUGUCCGACGGCUCGAAGUGCUAUGUAGAAAUGUGUGAGCGAUCCUCCUUGCUCUUGAUUUGUUGAUGAAAAAUAAUGCGAGAUUGGGAAUUAUUAGGGUGAGUUAUUUUCAAAUAGCCUUCUGAAUCUCUCCCAAUACUUAUGGAAUGUGAGUGAAUUGAGUCUGUUCA